AGGAAAGCGCGUGCUUUUUUAAAAAACAGAAUUGAAUUGCACAAUAUCCCAGAAACAUCUCAGCAAUGGGGGGGGGGCGGGAAUUCCUCCCUCCGGUUUGCUGAGGUUGUCGAGAGGCGAGCUCCGAAAAGUUCCGCUUUAUGGCUGCGCGAGGAAGCGUUUUCACCGCGUUGUGUUGCGCAAGGAUGCCCGCUCAGAACUUUGCGCGCCUAUGAACUUCAGCAAUCGUCUCUCGCUGCCCGGGCAAACCACGACCCGGACUUGUGCAAGGCGGGAAACCGAGUUCAUCUGAAUAGCUUCUCCAGUUUAAAAACCAAAAACUUUUUGUGUGAGGAAGUUUUUAUGAAUGGGGCUUGGAGGAGGAGGAGGAUUCUGUGGGGGUUGGAGAACGGAACUGUGAUGAAUGCGAGCGGAAUUCGCUUUUUCCUGGAAAAGGACAGCAUUGGGAUUGUGAGGGGAAUUCGGCUCGCUUCGGUUUCUUAGAGGUUGGACUUGCGCUCUCUGAAGGCAGAGAGAGAGAGAGAGAGAGAGACUUCCUGCUCUCUGCGCGAGAUAACUUUCUGCAGGUGUGUGGGAGGAAGCGAGAGAGACCUCGGUGGCCUCUCCUUUUCUCUCUCUUUCCAAAAGGGCGUCGGACUGAGCUGCGAAUAGAAGCAACUCGGAGGAGGCGGCUGCAGAAGAAAGCGAGGGACUGGUCGUGUCUGCGCGUGUCCUGGUUCUCUUCCACGAAGCUCGCGCGAGGAGGGAGAAAAGGCGUGUGUGUGUGUGUGCGCGCGCGGCGCCUCUGGCCCCCCAAUUAAAAGUUUUGUGACUUCAGGCGCUUUGUGACUUCACUCGCCUGCCUGGCUGCUCUCCGCUUCCGCGAGCCGGCGCGGCCUCUCUUGCCUCCAUGCCUGGCGGCGGGGAGAGGGAGCCGCUGAUCCCUAGGGGGCGCCGCUGGCGGUGGCAGCAGCACAGGAUGCCCUGCUGCACGCAAGGAGCGGCCUUCGUUCCGACGCUGCUGGUCAUCUGGUCUUCGGCCUCCUUCAUCAUCUCCUACGUGAUCGCUGUCCUCGAAGGCCACGUGGAGCCGCUGUUCCCAUACAUCAGCGAUACAGGAGCAAAACCUCCAGAAAGUGGUAUUUUUGGAUUUAUGAUUAACAUUUCAGCAUUCCUAGGUGCAGUUACGAUGUAUGCAAGAUACCUAAUUGUCAAGGAGCAAAAUGAAGUGACACGUUUCAUAUCCCCCUGUUUCAAUUUACUAUCACUGUUUGUUGGAUGGAUAGGUUGUGUUGGAAUGGGCAUUGUUGCAAGCUUUCAGGAGCUAGCAGUUCCUGCUGUCCACGAUGGAGGUGCUCUUUUAGCUUUUAUGUCUGGUGCUCUGUACAUUGUGCUUCAGACUGUAAUCUCUUACAAGUCGCAUCCACAAUGGAGCAGUUCGUGUGCAUGUCACACAAGGCUGUUCUUCUGUGUAAUGACUUGGGUAGCUAUCAUUCCCAUGAUUGCGUGUGCUUCACUAGUUUCCAUAACAAAGAUUGAGUGGAAUCCAGGCGAAAAGGAUUAUGUGUUUCAUUUUGUGAGUGCAAUCUGCGAAUGGGUAGUAGCCUUCAGUUUUGUUUUCUUCUUCUUAACUUUCAUCGGAGAUUUUCAGGUGGGUAUGGCAGAACAAAAGGUUUCAUGUUCAGAGCAAAAGGGCUUCAGAGUCUGAGGGCCAAACUGUACAUUGCCAUAAGCAUAUUGCUUUAAAUGUCAUUUUUGUCCUUAAGAAAAAGCAGCCAUAGGGGCACAUGCUCCAGAAUGCACACUAAAUCUGGAUCAAGGGCGGGCCCGUGCCAGUAUGCUGCCAAAAAUCCACCUGCUGCAGCUGCUCUUGAUGUUGUUGUUUGUAGAUGCCCUUCAACAAAGGUUAUUAGCAAUAAAAUGCAAAAUAGAACAGAGCAAUAAAUUCACGAUAAUGAUCAUCAGCAGAAUACAUUGUCGCAAAACAAACAGCACAAUAACCUUGUUAACCCUCCUAUUUCGAACAGAGCAGCUGUGUUUUCAGUGACAAAAAGAUGUCAACAAGGGGGAUGCGCAUAGCUCUAGUAGAAGGGAAUUCCACCGUCUGAACCAAAAGGCCCUCUUAUCAUUUCUGCAUGGCCCCUUUUUGUCCCUGAAAGUGGUGGUUUCAGCAUAUGGUACCCUUAGGCACAAAGAGCGGCAGUGGGGAUAAUUUUGGCCAUUAAUUCUGAACUGGAAAAAAGUACUGCAGUUUCAGACACAUUCGAGUUUCUGAAAAACCACUACCAGUACCCAGCCUUUAGUUGCCAA